UUUAACCGAGGAAUUUCAAUUGAGAAAAUAUGCCUUCCAAGUUAAUAAAGGUCCUCAGAUUUUGUCGUUAGGGUUUUCGUCCACAGCGCCGCGCCUUCUUUAUAUCCCCGUUUUCUUACUCGCUCCAUCUAUCGAGGCCCUUACCAGUGAGGCGGAGCUCGAACUAUCUCCUUCACCGCAAAUGGCUCCCAAAAGAGGCGGAAAGGCUCCUGUUCCGGCCAAGAAAAAGGCUGAAAAGGUAGUGAAUCCCUUAUUUGAGAAACGCCCAAAGCAGUUCGGAAUUGGUGGUGCAUUACCUCCAAAGAGGGACCUUCACAGGUUUGUGAAGUGGCCUAAAGUUGUUCGUAUUCAAAGGCAAAGAAGAAUACUAAAGCAGAGGCUAAAGGUCCCUCCAGCUUUGAAUCAGUUUACAAAGACAUUGGAUAAGAACCUUGCUACAAACCUUUUCAAGAUGCUUCUGAAGUAUAGGCCUGAGGACAAAGCUGCCAAGAAGGAAAGGCUUUUGAAAAGGGCUCAAGCUGAGGCUGAAGGAAAGACUGUAGAAUCUAAGAAGCCAAUUGUUGUCAAAUAUGGGUUGAACCAUGUGACAUACCUCAUAGAGCAGAACAAAGCCCAAUUGGUGAUUAUUGCCCAUGAUGUCGAUCCUAUAGAGCUGGUUGUCUGGUUGCCUGCACUGUGCAGAAAGAUGGAGAUUCCUUACGCAAUAGUGAAGGGAAAAGCUCGAUUGGGAACGAUUGUUCAUAAGAAAACUGCUUCCACUCUGUGUCUUACAUCGGUGAAAAAUGAGGAUAAAUUGGAGUUCAGCAAAAUAGUGGAGGCAAUCAAGGCCAACUUCAAUGAUAAGUAUGAUGAGUACAGGAAGAAAUGGGGUGGUGGCAUCAUGGGAUCGAAAUCCCUGGCCAAAACCAAAGCCCGAGAAAGGCUUCUUGCCAAGGAAGCGGCACAAAGGAUGACUUAGAAAUGCACUUGGGAGGCUACCCUUCGAACUUUCUAAACGUUUCGCUUCUUGAGUUUAGGAACAGUUUCUUUUGGUGGUGAACAAUUAAUUUGUCAUUCCUUUCCCUUGCAAAUUUUGAAAGUAAUCAGUAAUGUAGUAAUAUGACUGCAAAAUGGAACGUGAUCAUAUUUCACUUUUAAGGGUUCAUGACAUUAGAAUUUGGCAUAAUUCGAUACAGCCUAAUAUUUUUGGGUA